GUCUAACACAGGAAGUUGAACUAUCAGCUGAUACAGCUGGCUGUUGUCGAGGCUUGAAGUUACCAUCGGCAAACACUUAGUUGCUGCUUUCUGAUAUUCAAUUUGAAGGCAUAUUAAAAUCAGGAAAGAAAGACAGCGGUGCUGAUAAUCUUCUGAGUAACAAGUUUCGCGUCGCCUAUAUUUAAGACAAUUAGCACCAGCUGUAGAGCUAGCUCAAGAGCUUGACUGCAGUGGGAGGAAUAUAUGAGACCGCUAACACAUUGCAGCUAAGCCUGAUUUCUUUGUUUUGGCGUGGUCACAUUGAAGCGCAACGUUCUUGUUGUGUUAUACGAUUGCCGGGUAACAGUUGUAAAUAUACACGUGUCUAUUUAUAUUUGUACUUUAUUUACUGAAUGGUGGGGUUGCUGUUUCCACCAGUCACGUUAGCAGUAGGGUCCAGUUUGUUGACAAGUUGCAUGCUGUCGUAACCAGAGAGAGGACACAUAACGACAUGCAUAACAUUUAAUGCCGAGGCGGGGAUUGCUGUAAGACUAUUUAUGUUUUAAUGAUCAGUAUUCGUUUUCUGUCGUAUUGCUAUCGGCUAUUCCUAUUGGAACAAAAGGGGAAUGAAACAAGUUACAGGUAGUUAAAUAACUACAGAAGAACCGAGGCUGGACAAUCUGCUUCGGAUCGAUUAGAAAGUUGACAGGCAAUAGGUAAUCAGAAAGCCUGUUGGCUUUGUAUGUUAGCUGCCCACUUGGCUGAUGUGUUUAUGUGCACACCGUGUGCCCUGGCUCUUGUGAUUCACCAGUACACCGUGAUAUAUCAACUUGAACCGUCGUUUUGUUUCACACCCUAAUGUGUGGUUGGGAUUUUUUUUUUCUCUAAUUUUGGACACAAGUCUGGCCUGUUGACAAGCUAGCGUUUUUUUUAUUGAUGUGCAGUAAGAGUAGUGGUUUUAACCCUAUGAAUUAGAACAAAUAAGGAAUAGGAGAAAUCGGACGUAUCCAUCUAUUAAGGCAGCCAUCCAUUUUUGGAGAUAGUCUUAAGGAUUUAAGCCGAAGACAGUAAAAAAAGAGCGAGGACCCCCAAAGGGUCACAUUGUCUCUUUAGAGGGAAGCUGUACCUUACUACUUGCCAAUGCUGGAUCUGGAAGUAGUGCCUGAGAGAUCGCUAGGAAAUGAACAAUGGGAAUUUGCUUUAGGGAUGCCCCUGGCUCAGGCCAUUUCCAUUCUUCAGAAACACUGCCGCAUCAUCAAGAAUGUCCAGGUGCUAUACAGCGAACAGACACCACUCAGUCACGACCUCAUAUUGAACUUGACUCAGGAUGGAAUUAAACUACUGUUUGACGCAGCCAACCAGAGACUCAAGGUGAUUGAAGUCUAUGACCUCGUCAAAGUGAAGCUGAAGUACUGUGGGGUCCAUUUCAAUUCUCAGGCCAUUGCCCCCACAAUAGAGCAAAUAGAUCAGUCGUUUGGAGCUACGCACCCUGGAGUUUACAAUUCCGCAGAGCAAUUGUUUCAUCUAAACUUCCGAGGUCUGUCCUUCUCUUUCCAACUGGACUCCUGGAAUGAAGCCCCCAAGUAUGAGAUUCCACAUGGGGCCAUGGUCAAGAGGAUGCAUAUCUACACUGGCAACAACCUGCAAGACACAAGGGCUCCACUGAUGCCGCUGGCGUGUUUCCUUGGUAACGUGUAUGCUGAAUAUGUGGAUGUCUUGAGGGACGGGGCUGGACCCCUGGGGCUUAAACUGCGCCUCCUCACGGCAGGCAGCGCCCCUGGGCUGAUGGCAGACGCCAAGGUCAGGUCUGUGGAGAGGAAGAUCUUCUUUGGUGACUCCUGUCAGGACGUGAUGGGCGCUCUCGGCUCGCCAAACAAAGUCUUCUACAAGUCUGAGGAUAAGAUGAAGAUCCACUCCCCCUCGCCCCACAAGCAGGUUCCUUCCAAAUGCAACGACUACUUCUUCAACUACUUCCCCCUCGGAGUGGAUAUCUUAUUUGACUCCACCACUCAUCUGGUGAAGAAGUUUGUUCUGCACACCAACUUCCCUGGACAUUACAACUUCAACAUAUAUCAUCGAUGUGACUUUAGAAUUCCACUCGUCAUCAAAAAAGGAGGAGCUGACUCUCAGCCAGAGGACUGCACGUUGACCACAUACAGCAAGUGGGAUCAGAUCCAGGAGCUACUAGGACACCCCAUGGAGAAACCCGUGGUCUUACACAGGUCGUCUUCAGCCAAUAACACCAACCCCUUUGGAUCCACCUUCUGCUUUGGACUACAGAGGAUGAUCUUUGAGGUGAUGCAGAACAACCACAUAGCCUCGGUGACCCUCUAUGGCGCUCCCCGGACCGCCCACCAGGCCCGGGCCGUGUCCGGUAGCAGCACCCACUGAGCGGCUCCCGUUUGCCACUGGUUCCAGAUAAGGAUCGAUCCCAUCGGAACGCAGAACCCUGGAGAGCACUUUGCCCCGGGUAAAGUCAACCGUUGCGAUCCAUCGCUGCAGUCGCAUUCACUCGCCUGAUCUACGACUACCAGUACUUCCAGUCAGUCACAAAUCUACCAUCAAAUACCCAGCAUCUACAUCAAACAGUGCCCUGCCAAUAUAUAGAAACUGCAUUAUUUCGAUACGUGUGUGCCACCUCAAAACCCCACUUAUGUUCUCCAAGAGACAAAACACACGCUGCCCUUUUCAACACUUUGAAAAGGGCCCCCCCCCCCCCCCCCCACCGAGCAUGGAGCCCACUGUGCAGAACGUUAGAAACAGGAUGAGGCCUUAUGAUGGGGUCUUGCGUGUAGAGAAAAACAGAAAAAAAAAAGCAGAAACCAUUUGAAUGGACUUCAGACAGGACCCUCCUCUGACCAGAACCCUGGUCUUUAGCCGUCUCGAUACACCUUGUAUGUUAGAUUCAUUGGGCACUAUCAUAUGUGGAGAUCCUGGGAUUUGGAUAGCGGCCAGCAGGAAGUGGGACUCUCCACCACACAGUGUCCUCUGCCCGACCAGAAUCACUGUCUUGUGGCCAUCCCCAGUGGAUUUAACAUCAGCACCCUUGAAGUUGGAUACUUGCUCUCAAUCUACCACAGCAACCACGUCCAGACGUGAUAAGAAAAAAAACCUGCGCCUGGCCAAGGAGACUAGUUUUAUAUGUGCAAGAUAAACAGGCUGUGCAAAGGAAUUGAACACAGCUGUCCUGCAAGAUAAGAAACCUCAGAAAACACAGGCUACGCCCUGAAAUAGUGGCCGUUCCGUGGCCGAUGUCUUUAACCCCAACCCGAAGCUGAAAAAGUUAGAGAGGGGUGAGCAGGAAAAAAAGAUUCUGGAACGGGACCGCCCCGAACCCUCUUGCCCAACCCUCUGGCUAUAUUCCCGCUUGCUCUCACAAACACAUUUUUAUUCACAGGUAUAGAAUCAUGGUACACAAAUAUUAUUGUCCAUGCUCAAACGCAAACAGGCCCAGAAAAUUUGAAUGAGAAUUUGCAUGCAUUUCGUUUUUUUAACGGAAAUUCACAUCCCACUUUUAUUGUCCUUUAUUUCUUUUGCUAGAAUGUCGGCUCAUGCUGCAAACAAUAUGCAUGCACACACACGCACAUAAACGCAAUAAUGCAUGGUAACAUGCUGGUUAUGUGGGUUUACCAGAAAUUGCAUGAACUUGGUACAUGGUUUGCAAAUGACAGGGUCAAAGACAAUAAGCACAAAUUGGUCACAUCUCUUUUUAGUUUUAACUGCAUGCUUGAAGAAGCCACUGCCAGAGCUUCUCUAUUCCCCUUUUGCUCUUUAUGUUCUCACGUAUUCUCCUCUCUCCAGUUACAUAUAGUUCUAUCUGUUACUGUUUCACCGUACGGUCUGCCAUCCUUUGGGUUUUAUUAGUGUUCCCUAGCAGUUAGAAUGGCGAGCGACUCUGUUUGGUUGUUGUUACGUUUCAUUCUCAUGCAGAAACUCUCGCGUUCUCCCACUGUGCACACAUCAAUCCGACCUGUGUUAUUCAUCUUCACUCAGAAAUAGUUACCCAAUUCAUUUCCAAUGACAUGUUCAUUUUUGGAAUUGCCAAACAUCAUAGAUGAAUUUACCUGGUCAUACUUAAACAUAGUGUUUAAUCUCCUGCCAUCCAUUGCAGUAUUAGCAACAUGUCUUAUAUACCCCUAUUGUUGUACUCAAACAGCCGUCUUUGUAUAAAAUGCACUUUCAAACCGUUUCUGGGAAAUUGAGGUCAAUCACAAUCCCGUACAAAAUUUAACUGCAGAAUGUGACCACAGUAUUUAAGUACAUGGAAUUGAUUAAAUGAUUUGUACCAUUUUCACUGAAUCCAUGUUCCUUUGGUUGUUAGCUAAAGCAAGCCCUGUAUGAGUGCGUCUCUGUCAAUCCAUUAGUUACCUCAGGGCCCACGGGCAUGCACUCGUAUGCAACGUUCACAUCUUUUCUCGAAUAAAACAUCUCUCUAGGAUAUGCUUUGACCCGUUUCAUGAGACAUUUGUUUUUUCCAAAAUUAAUUAUGUAAUUAUUACAGCAGUAGCUAUAAUUAUAUGAAUUAAUAACAACGGUAAAUAGUAAACACUCAGCGUCCCAGAGGCUUGUCAACUGCACACGAUUAGAAUGUGAAAAGCUUUGUGAUUUUUGAAUUCUCAUAAUCCAGCAAACAAAUAUUAUUCCACCUACGGCCAGGACAUAUAUUUAGAUUCAAAAUCAUUUCACUAUGGCUGUGACAUGACACAACCCCAUACUACUACUUAUAGUCACAUGACCUAACUCGUGAUCUCAGGGCAGUGCCCCUGUCCUGAGAAUAUUUUGUCCAGGGGCCCUGGUCGGGCCCUUUUGGAGACUGGCCCAACUCUAGGGACAAACGUCACAAGGCAUUAGGAACAAAUAUUUUGGGCUAGCGCCUUUGGCUUUCAUAUUUCCAUGUCAGCAUGAAUGAGGUCUGGAUUUCUUCAAAUGUUCCCUUCUAUUUGCUUUUGUGCAAUGAACAUCAAGAAGAUAUGUUAGCUAUCUAAAUAUGUAAAUAACGCUUAACAUUGUGCCUCAUAUCCUACCAGGCCAGUCUUUAACUACCCUUCCUUUGUCCUUCCUCCGUCCUUGUGUGUAUAUAUAUACAUUUCGCGAAUGCAUUUGAACUGCAUUAUGUGUAUGUGUGUGUGUGUGUGUGUGUGUGUGUUUUAUGUGUGUGUGUGUGUAAUGGAGCAUGAUGAGAAGUGAGGGACACCCUUGUUUCCCACUGUGGAUUAAACUAUCCAUAGUUUCUUGUGGUUAGGUCUAUACAACAAACGCUCCCAUGCUCUUAUUUCCUAUUACUCCUGAGCUUGUCGGCCUGUCCAUUGAAAUGCAUAACAUGGAGAUGUCUCGGAUGGCUAAGUCAUUGUAUAAUGUAUGUAAACUAUGUAAUGCUUGUUAAGCUUGGACAAUAAUGUCGAUUAACUCGUUUAUCUGGGAGGUCAUCUUUGCCUUGUUGAUGGUACAUUUAAGUUCAAUGAUGCUUUUGGAUUCAUUCAUCAUGAGUAAGAGAAAAAUGGGGCUGAAUUGGUUCAAAAGAUAUGGUGUUUAUUUUCUCACUAGACCGAUUCUUAUCAUGUCUGUUUUCUAUUUGUUGAAGACCAGCCCUGCGUAGAUUUGUGCUGUGGGAAGAAACUGAACAUAUCCAAGUACACCACAAGUACAAGUGGACAGUGUAUUCUCAGGUGAACAUAGCAGACCUUCCAUCCUAUUUCGUUUUGAAAGCUAAAGGAACACUUGACUGAAAACCUAAAUCCAUAUCUUGAGGUCUUUGAGGCCACUUUCUCUUUUCCCACUGGAGAUACUUUAUGGAUGAACGAUUGAUAAUCAUCGUUAUUUCAUAUGAACAAUUAAUGUUCUGUGUAAACGAUAAUCUUAGUAUAGAACUAUGUAUUGUCUUUGUAUUUUGUAUUCUAUAUUAUACAUAUAUGUAUAUCGCCCUUGUUUCCCUCAAAAUAUUUUCUUUGGUGAAUUUCAGAACAUUAUAUACCAUCCCUGGAAAUGGGCCGGGGGCUGAUUUGUGGAUCAAAGCAAUGUAGUAUUUUUACAUUUUCAUUAAGAUGUAUGAGGCUAAUCUGAUUAAUCAGAGAAAAAGACAACAAACAUACCAUUAAGGGCCAACCAAGUUUAGCGCCACUGUUACUUUGCUUAGCUUGAAUGCUUCCGGGAAACGCUAUCAUUACAGUUCAGUUCCUCUGUUAGGAGUGUGGCAUUUUGACUUUCUUGGAUCAACAGCUCAUUAUGCAUUAUGUUUGUAACAUCUAAAUUCAGUUUCUAUCUGUACAACCGGAAUAAUAAAAGUAAAUAAAUGGAUGUGAAAAAGUG